AGUUGGUCCAGUCAGCAGCGGGUCGGUUGAGCUGCUCGGUGACAUUAAGAGUAUCAAAAUAAACAGAAAUAAACUACCUGCUUGUUUGUUUUUCAACCGACACUCUUCUGUUUGGAUUAAAGGGCUUUUAACGGACACUAACAGGAUUUAGGAGGAUGUCAGAGCGGGGCAGAAGAGUUCACCCUCACUGAGAGGAUAGGAGGAAGAGGAGGAGGAGGAAGAGGAGGAGGUUCAUGAUGGAGCGAGCUCACAGCCUCCUGCUGAACGAGGAGGCGUUCAGUCAGCUGGCCGAACAUCAGAGGGCGGAGUUCAUCUUUGAGUGGCUGAACCACCUGAAGAAGCUGCUUCCUGCCACCGACCGGACCGACCUCAAACACAACCAGCGGCGUCUGCUCGACCAGCUCUCGGGCGUUCUGAUUGGCUCUCCCGGCCCGCCGACCCGCUGGCUGCUGGCCCACUGCUUGGCCCUGCUUUACCGCCUGGGAGACCCCAUUUCUGCCUGCCUGUUUGUGGACAGGUGCAAUGACAUCAUACGCAGCAGAGACGACUCUCCGUCGGGACUCCCGACCCGACUGGCAGCCACCGCGUGUCUCGGUGCUCUGUUUGAGCAGCUGGGUCGGAUGCUCAUCGGCACUUUUAAAGAAACUCUGAGCAACCUGCUGAAGGCCAUGAAGAACGCAGAGUCUCAGGGUCGGUAUGAGAUCAUGUUGAGUUUGGAGAAGAUCCUUCAGGGUCUGGGCGUCAGCGCCGUGCCGUGUCAUCGUGACGUCUACAAGGCGGCGAGGACGUGUCUGACGGACCGAUCCAUGGCCGUACGCUGCGCCGCGGCAAAGUGUCUGAUGGAGCUGCAGAGGGAGGCGGUGUUCCUGUGGACGAGCGAGCUGGAGAACGUGGCCACGCUUUGCUUCAGAGCCUUCGAAGGAUCCAACUACAGCGUCAGGGUGUCCGUCUCCAAACUGCUGGGGACGCUGCUGGCUGCUGCUGUGGAGCCGCGACAGCCCACCGCAGUUCCCAGGCAGAGUGGGCGCGGUCGCAGCUCCCUGGAGGAGGUGAUGGAUCUGUUGUCGGGGGGGUUCCUGCGCGGGGGGGCCGGGUUCCUACGAGCCAGCGGAGACAUGCUGAAGGGAACCAGCUCCGUCAGCAAGGACAUCCGCAUCGGGGUCACACAGGCCUGCGUUGUCUUCGUCUCCACCCUCGGAGGCUCCUGGUUGGAGGCGAACUUCCCUGCCUUCCUGUCGCUGCUGAUGGAGCUGGCGUCUCACGGCAAAGCCACGCAGACAGCAGGCGAUGCUGUGGUGACGCACUGCUGCAUCUCCUUCAUCCUGAGGAGCACCCUGGGGUCUCUGCUGGGGGAAAAGGCUCAAACUAACGCCGCCAUACAGCUGUGCCUCGCUGUGGCGGCGCAGAAACAAGUCAUCGAUGCAGCUCUAAAUGAUGGGAACGUGGAGACCAGAGUUUCCUCUGCAGACAUUUCAGCCAGUCAGCACGUGCUGGUCUGCUGCCUGCUGGAGCUCGGAGGACUCGUACAGGGACUGGGAUCCACUGCUGCCCCCCUGCUCACUGACAGCAGCACAGCCCUAUUGGACACGGUGAUCUCGGUCCUCCUUCACCCCGCCCCUUCCGCCUCUCUCGCUGCCGCAUGGUGUCUACGCUGCGUUGCCACGGCGAUGCCAUCCCAGUGUUCCUUGCUGCUGGAUCGCUGCACCGAGCGGCUGGCGGCGCUGAAGUCUUCCCCAGAAGCUGUGGCCGGAUAUGGAGCCGCCGUCACCGCCCUGGUGGCAGCCGUGCAGCACUGCCCCCUGGGAAUACCACACACCACAGGCAUGAUGGUGCUGAGUCUGGCUGAAGACCUGCUGCGCUCCGCCUCUCAGAGCAGCCGGAUCUCUCUGCAGAGGACUCAGGCCGGCUGGCUGCUCGUCUCCUCGCUCAUCACUUUAGGCCCGGCUGUAGUGGAGCACCACCUGCCUCGUCUCCUCCUCCUGUGGCGGUGUGUGUUUCCUGCUUCACUCAGAGAGCAGGAGAUGGAGCUGAGACGCGGGGACUACUUUACGUGGCAGGUUACGCUGGAGGGACGUGCUGGGGCGCUCUUUGCGAUGAAGAACCUGCUCCUUCACUGCAAGGAGCUCGUCAGCGAUGACAUCAUGAGCCGUCUGCUCACGCCCCUCUCCUGCGCCGUCGCCCUGCUCACCAAGCUGCCUGCUCUCCUCCGGUCUUACGGCAGUUCAGUGCGCAGCUGGUCUCUGAUCUACAGACUGAGAGUCUACGAGCUGCUGGCUCUGCUGCCUCCUCACACCUACCAAGAGAGUUUUGGUUUGGUGAUGAACCAGCUGGUCUCAGAUCUGUCGGGUCAGAACAACCUGAACCAGCCGUGUUCAGAGCUCACGCUGCUGCCUCCCCUCUGUCACCGUGACGACUUGCCUCUCGUUGGCCCCGCCCUCCAGAACACCGACCACAGAUACAUCGAGGAACAGCUCCACGGCAGCAGUGUGGGAGGAGGCUCUCUGGACAACGACGCCUUCAGCCUGUGUGAGAAAAGUGAUGCGACUCCAGCUCCUCUUCCUCCUCCCGUCGCUCUCACCGCUGCAGCUGCUCGCCUCUUCGGAGCGCUUUACCCCCACGUCAUCUCCGCUCAGAGAGUGAAGAUAUUGGAGCAGUUUGUGGAAACAGUGAACCAGCUGAAGGGUCAGCGCCAGCAGACGGUCCAGACACACGUUUGUGCCGCUCUCUGCAGUCUGCUCAAGCACCAGGGAUGUAUCCGUGGCUCUUUGGGUCCAGAGGAGGUUCGCUCCCCUGCUCUCUCUCUCCUCUCGGGGGCGCUAGAGAGCGUCAGUCCUCUGCUCAGAUGUCUGGCUGCGGAGGGUCUGGCUCGGCUGGUUCAGGUGGUCGGAGACCCCGGAUUCACCGUGUCCGUCUCCCUGCUCUGCUUCGACAGGCUGAAGACGUCUCGGGACGCAGCGUCUCGCAGUGGCUACUCCCUGGCUCUGGGGGCGCUGCACCGCUACACCGGAGGAAUCAGCUCCGCUCAACACCUGUCCACCUGCCUGGGAGUGCUGUUCACCCUGAGCCAGGACAGCACCUCACCUGAGGUCCAGACCUGGUCUCUCCACAGCAUGUCUCUGGUGGUGGAUCUGUCGGGGGGUUUGUACCGCGCCCAUGCCGAGGCGUCCUUCACUCUGGUGCUCCGGCUGCUGCUGUCUGCCCCCCCCACGCACCCUGAGGUGCACCACAGCCUGGGCCGCUGCCUGCACGCCCUCAUCACCUGCCUGGGCCCCGACCUGCAAGGUGAGGGUGCAGCAGUGUCCUCUCUGCGCUCCAGCUGUCUGAUUGGCUGCGGGGUGAUGCAGGACAGCCCGGACUCUCUGGUUCAGGCCAGAGCCAUUUCCUGUAUGCAGCAGCUGCACAUGUUCUCACCUCCUCACGUCAACCUGGCCAGCCUCGUACCUGCACUCUGUGAGAUCUUGUUGGAUUAUUCUUUGUUGGCCCACCUGUGCAGCUCGUACCUGUGUCUGCGCCGGGCCGUGGUGGCGUGUCUGCGGCAGCUGGUGCAGCGGGAGGCGCUGGAGGUUUCUGAACACGCUGUGACGCUGGUCAAAGAGCUGCCCAGACGAGACAACACACAGCUGGACGUCACCAUAAAGGAGGUGGGUCUGGAAGGAGCUCUGUUCACUCUGCUGGACCGAGAGUCUGAUCCCGGUCUGAGGCGGGACAUCCAGGAGACGCUGGUCCACAUGAUGGCCUCCAGCGCCACCAGCGGGAAGCUGGGACACUGGCUCAAACUGUGCAAGGACGUCCUGUCUGCAACCACCGACUGUCGGGCUCCGGUGGAGUUGCGUCAGGAGGACGAGGAGGAGGAGGCGGACGCCGGUCGAGACGACGACUCCUCGGCCUUCAAAGCUCGCUCUGAGUCCAGCGGCCCGUUCACCGCGCUGCGCUGGGCCACGCGCCGCUUCGCCAUGGAGUGUGUGUGUCGCAUCAUCGCUCAGUGUGAGACUUCUGACCCGGCACACUUCGACAUGGCUCUGGCUCAGGAGCGCCGCCUGCAGGAGAGCACAGACUUCCUGGUGCUCCACCUGGCUGACCUGGUCCGCAUGGCCUUCAUGGCGGCGACGGAUCACAGCGACCAGCUGAGACUGGCCGGUCUUCAGACGCUGCUGGUGAUCAUCAGACGCUUCUCUGCCAUCCCUGAACCAGAGUUCCCCGGUCAUGUGAUCCUGGAGCAGUACCAGGCCAACGUUGGAGCUGCUCUCAGACCAGCCUUCUCUGCUGACGCUCCUCCUGACGUCACCGCCAAGGCCUGCCAGGUGUGCAGCGCCUGGAUAGCGAGCGGUGUGGUCAGUGACCUGCGCGACCUGCGGCGCGUCCACCAGCUCCUCGCCUCCUCAUUGGCUAAAGUCCAGGCGGGGAGGGACCCGUCCAGCCAGCUGUACAACGAGGCCACCGUCACCAUGGAAACACUGGCUGUCCUGAAGGCCUGGGCCGAGGUUUACAUCGUGGCGGUUCAGAGGAGCAGACAGGAGGAGAGCUCUGAUAGGACGACUGACCUCUCAGUCUCCUCCUCUCUGGCCAAUGACAGCUCAGGCUCAGAGUCUGGAGGGGCGGGCCUCCUGAAGUUGGUCCAAUCAGAUCUGUGUACGCUGAGCCGCCUGUGGUUGUCGGCGCUGCAGGACUACGCCCUGCUGACCCUCCCUCAGGAGUACGCAGCGCAGCUACCUGACACAGGAGGUUCUUUCUACACGGCAGAGACGGUGAACCAGGCCAGAGCUCAUUACACCUCCUCCUGGGCUCCAGUGCUCCACGCCACCUCCCUCUGGCUGCACAGCACCGGUUUCUUGAUGCCAGACGCUCCUCCCUAUCUCUCUCGUCCUGCCACCCCCACCUCCAUGGGACAAACAGGGGGUCAAGCCAAGAGUCCAGAGGACAUCAACACCGACAGACUGCACCUCAUCCUGGGGAUCAGUGUGGAGUUCCUGUGUUCUCCGCACUCUGCUGACCAGAUGGAGAACAUCACUUCCUGUCUGAGAGCUCUGCAGGCGCUGCUGGACGUCUCCUGGCCCCGAGCCAAGAUCGGAAACGACCAGGCUCUGAGUGUGGAGCUGCUCAGCGUCCUCCACAGGCUGAUGGUCACCAGAGAGUCCGUCUCCGUUCAGCUCGCCGUGUUGGAUCUACUGCGACAGAUCGUAACGGCCGCUCACGAGCACGUCAAGGAGAAACGCCACAGCGCUGAGGUGGAUGACGGUGCAUCAGAGAAGGAGACGCUGCCUGAGUUCGGAGAGGGACGGGACACCGGCGGUUUGAUCCCCGGGCGCUCGCUGGUGUUCGGAGCGCUGGAGCUCUGCCUCUGUGUUCUGGUCCGGAAACUUCCACAGCUCAGCCCCAAACUGGCCGGGACCAGUCCAACUGGUCCUGGAGGUUCAGUGUGGAGUUUGACUGACACCGACUGUCAGCUGGUGGCCUCCGCUCUGUGUGUCCUCUCCGACCUGCCGUCCAUCUGCUCCCCCGAAGGCAGCGUGUCCAUCCUCCCCUCCGUCCUCUACCUGCUGCUGGGAGUCCUCAGAGAGCUGGUGCACCUGCCCAGCAGCCAGCCUG